CGUCUAUAAGACAGGCUAAAAACAAGCUAUCAGCUCAGAAACACUUUGAAGUAUCCGCUCACAUCAUGGUAUUAAGUGUUGCAGCAUAAUUACACCAAUUUUAUUCUUAAAGUGGGAUAGUUUACUAAGGAUUGUUAGAUAGAAAAGCAUGUUUUGAUGCCAUUGGUGUGAAUCUGAUACGUAGUAGUGGCUCGAAAUAUGCAUAUCACGGAGUGAGUUCCCCGACAUUUUGCUAAGUUACUCAACGAUAUAAUUGAUACUUAUUACCACGAUUAAGCGGAUCCCUAUGAACAUAACAUUUCUACGACUGUUGAAAAGCUCAAAAAUCGAUACAAAGAUCUUAGAAGCUUUAACUCAAAUGAGCCAGAAUAUAACUGUUCCUGUGACUUUUAUACGUUCAUUCAAGUACCGUACAACGUGUUAUUUGCCUUUGUCGAACAUUCCUCAGUCGGCGACUGUAAAAGACCUGUUCGAUCGCAUACAUCAUGAAGUAAAAACCUCUUCGGUUAUACCUCCUCCUUUCAAGAACCUUUGUUACGUGAAUGAAACUGAAGUGGCAGUGUUCAAAAUGAGCGAUUUUCUGGCUCAACGCGAUAAUCCAGAAUUUCUGUGGUGAAAAGCGAUAAUGUCACUAUGAAGCAACUAUUUGUAUAUAUAAUAUACUCCUUGAUUCGACCAUAACGUUUUACUGCUACUGUGUCUGGUACUGUUAAUCCUGAAGAUCUACUUUUGAUUAUGAAGAUGAUAUCUAGUGGUUACGUGCUCUUAUGCUACAAAGUGAGAAUGAUAUCUUAACAGAUUAAUUUCAGGAUAUCUUUUUCAGUAUCAUAAAAAGCACAAUAUUGAUGACACACUAGAAUAUUGGGAGAAGUUUAUGUAAUACAUCGGUGGGUUAGAUCUUCAUUGUUUGCUAGUCGGAAGUCCUUGUGGU